AUGGCUUCGGAUUGCGGCAAGGCCUGGCGGCUGAACUUGUCGCAGCCCGUGCCCUCGCAGCCCCUGAGCUCCGAGUGCGCCAGCUGCCGGUCCUCCGCGGCGCAGUUCCGCGUGCCCUGGGGCCAUGUGGCCGCGCGCUGCCUGCGCGAGGCUCGCGCCUCAGCGCCCAUAGCUGUGGAUGCCACGGAGACUUUGGGAGGCAUCAACCAGGGAGACGCCCGCGUGGUGGUGCUAGACUUCAUGCGCUUCUGCGCAUCGCGCUCCGUUUCCCGCCUGUACUGGGUGCUGCAGAUGAACGGCAUCAUCCUGGGCGCCGCUUCGCUGGGCGACACCCGCCACGCCAUGGCCCUCUGCGUGCCCAAGGUGUGCAGCCACCACCUGGCGGCGGCCUGGCUGGCGGCGAUGUAUCUGCGCAGCGGCAGCCUGGAAGGGAUCGCCGCCUUCCGGGAGGACCCCUUCGCAGACUGCGGGGAUGGCACCGUGCUGCUGCCCCCGCGCUAUGCGUUGCUGGCGCAGCACAACGUGGGCUUCCAGGCGCUGGCCGCGGGCCAGGAUGCGCCGCCCUGGCCCAUCUGGGCCAUGCACUUCGAGGACCCCGCCUUGGGCUCGCAAGGGCGGACGGUGUUCUUCAGCGUCCUGGAGCAGCCCUUGCCGCCGUUGCUUCCGCCAGGGAGGCCAAAGCAUCCUCCGGCCAAAGCCGCUGCGGGGGCGGCGGUGCUGCUGGCGGGCAGGUGGCGCUACUGCGAGCGCACGGUGGCCUCCAUCGCCCGGCACGUCACGAGGCCCUUGGAGGCGGUGGUGGUGGCGGUGCAGUCUGGGACUUCGGCUGGCGGAGGCCGCGCCGCGAAGGCGCAGCUGCGGCGCUUCUUCGCGCUGGCGGCCUUUCGCUGGGUCCGGGACGACCCCGCGGAGGAGAGGCGGGCCGGCGGGCCGCCACCCGCCGGGGCCGCCACGGCCCCGGGGGAGGUUGCGGAGGGCACCGGGGGCCGAAAAGGCAACCAGGUUUUUCUUCCAGAGCCCGGCCUGCUGGGCAUCACGACUUGGAACGUCUGGGGCGUGCCCUUUGCCUCGGAGUUGAUCUUCCACCGGGCCAAGAAGUGGCGCAGCUUCCACGACCAGCAGCCGCGCGAUCCGCUCCAGCGCUUGUUGGCGCAGAAGCAGCUCUCAGCUGACAGUGGCCUGGUGGUGUGCUGCUUCCAGGAGGUGUGGAGCUUCCCCAAGGGGCCGCUGAUGGAGUACACGGCCAGCUUGGACGAGAGUCGGACCAGCGCGCGCUGGGAAGGCUUCGUCCUGGUCCUCGGCAUCUUGUUCCGCGCCUUUGCCUGCGGCCGCAUCUGGGACGCCGCGCAGCGGCUCUUCGACGUGCCGAGUGACGAGGCGGAGGCGGCUAAAGCGCGGAUCAACUACGCCGCAGUGGUGGGGAACAGAGGGAUGUCUCUGCCAUGCCGCGCCCUCGUGGACUCGGGCCUGUGCAUUUUCGCUACGAAGGAGCCCUCGGACCAGGGCUUCUUCCCCUACACGAGCUAUCCCUCGGGUCUGCACGAGGAGCGCUUGGCCAACAAGGGCCUGAUGUGGGCCUUCUGGAAAUCCGAUGCGUCGGGGGUGCUGGUGCUCAACACGCAUCUCUCGACCGAAGCCGUGCAGACGGAGCAGUUGGAACAGCUGAGGCGGUGCUUUGAGAUGCUGAGGGACAAGUUCCGGGUCUCGUGCCCGGGCUUGUUGGAGAUCUACGUGUGCGGGGACUUCAACAUGGGCGACCGCGUCAGCGCCCUGGGCAACUUCUGCCAGCAGCUGGGCUUGGAGCGGCUCACCGGCGCCGAGCCCAAUGCGUGGCUGAGCUUCUCGCUGGACCACGUCUUCGGCUGGCGCUCCGACGGCUGCGGCUUCGCGGGUCGGGCCUGCGAGGCGGCGAAGCCCUGGACCGGUGACGGCGGCUGCCGCGGCCGCCGGGAGGAGCUGCGGCGCCGCAUCCGGGCGCCGGCGCUGCACCUCUAUGAGACCCUGGGCGGCGGCGCCGCGGCGCCGCUGCGGCGCUCCAAGGCGGCCGGGCAGCUGCACAGCCUGCGGAAGCUGCAGCUGGCGCUGGGCCUCACCGAGGCCUACGAGCAGCGCCGGGGUCGGAAGUUCCGAUGGCUGGUGUACAGCCGUUUGGACCUGAUCUGGGUGGCGGACCACCCCCCUCUGCGCCUUCUCGCCGAGGACGCGAUUUGGACUGCGCCGCUGGAGGGCGUGGAGGGCGGGAGCCAGGUCCGCAUCUUCGCGGCCAGCGACUGGCAUGGCGCGGUGCCCCGGCGCUUGGGGCGCGCCUACUUCGCCCGCUGGGCCGUGGUGAGAAGCGGCGCGCCCUGGCAGCCGUUGCUGGAGCCGGAGGCAAAGGGUUCGCACAGCCCAGGGGAGCGCAAUCCCAUACAUGGCUUUUGGAUGGAGCUCUACUCAUAUGGCCGGCAAGGCCUGGAACCUCGAAAGCCCGUUCCCGAACAGUACGGUGAUGACUUCGGUCACAAUCUUGGCCUCUGA